UUCGCAAUAAAAUAUAGGGAUUAAAUGAGAACUUACCUGUUUGAAAUUUAAUCCUGAUUUUAUGAGAAAGGGUGAGUGAGAGAUUACGUGCCCUCCACUCCCACCCUUUUUCAAUUACCAGGAUCAGUUCUCUAUAUUUAUACCCUUCAGCACUACCAUGGGAUUUGGUUUUUAUCUGGUCUCAUAUCCUUAUGCUUUUAAUAAUGACUGGGCAUGCGCGUGGCGGGAUCUCACGUAAUCUCUCACUCGCUCUUUCUCAUAAAAUCAGGAUUAAAUUUAAAACAGGUAAGUUCUCAUUUAAUCCCUUCAUUUUACCGAGCAAAAGUUUAAAUAAUAUAAUCUUUACAAAUACCAUUUACCCUUGACGUAACCUAUUGCACAAAAUAUAGUCAUAUUUAUUCUUAAUAUAAUUUUAAUUAAAAUGUCAUUAUUCAUGUACCAUUUUUUGUAUCUAAAAUGUGAAUGCCUUUGGUGAUGCCACAAAGUAAUUGUCUAUUGCAAAACUAUAAUUUGAAAUCUAAGCUAGAUCUGGUACAUUUGUUGAAAUUCAUUUAUUAUUACUGACAACUGUACAUGUACAAAAUUUUCUUAGCAAUGCAAUCCCUGCCCACAUGCAAGUUCUGGCAACACUACCGCUCCAUUGCCACGGGCUCAUUUUACACUGUCCAUGGCGACCUACAUGACGUCAGUGUGCCCUCAGUAUACCGCAUUGUACAUCGAGUGGCAAAUGCAGUGGCCAGAUUAACCCCAAGGGUGAUCCAGUUCCCUGUACAACCUCAGAAUGUAGCAAGAGUGAAGCAUGAGUUCUUUGAGAUGGCAAGUUUUCCCAACGUUGUCGGUACAUUAGACUGCACUCAUAUCAGGUUGUAUGGAGCGCCACUGGGAGAAGCGGAACAUGUAUGUAAAUCGCAAGGGUUACCAUAGCAUCAAUGUCCAAGCCAACUACAAACUAACCAGUGUUGUAGCCAGGUGGCCUGGCAGUACCCACGAUAGCGCCAUCAUCCAUGGAAGCAUCCUUGGAGAGAGAUUCACCAAUGGACACGCAAUGUUUACAACAGUUGGUGACAAAUCACUGCUUAAGGCAGAUAUAGCGCCCUUUAUUUUACUACUCUUAAGAUGUAACAAUUGUGCUCUAUUGUAUUGCAGACUAACUGGAGUGCUCAUUGGAGACAAAGGCUACGCACUUCGUCCAUGGCUGAUGACCCCCAUCUUGAAACUAGCAACAAAUGCUGAGCGACGUUACAACAGGAGUCACAGAAAGUCGCGAGUGGUCCUUGAGCAGACGUUCGGCCAACUCAAGGAGUGGCUCCUCAGAGGCCAUGUGUCAUUGAAGAAAGUUAUAGACUCCGAUAUGUUGGGAACUAUUCCAGGUUUAUUAGACGACAACACGAGUUCACAUACGAACAUGUAA